AUGGCCACCGCUAGGUCCUUGUCCAUCUUCAUGGCUCUCGCUGUGCUCCUAGCCUCGGUGGCCUUCCCUGCGGCGGCGAGCCAGCUGAACCUCUACAAGGGGGCUUCGUGCACCGGCCGCUUCACCGUGUGCUGGGACCGACAGUGCUGCGACAUUCCUUCCGAUGCCGUCAGCUACAAAUUCUACUACAACCCGGACUGGAGGGCCUACUUUUUCGGCGACGCCGAGUGCACCGGCAGCGCAAGCAAUGUAGUUAGUAACAGCAUUGACUGCGUAAAUGAGGUGACCUUCAAGAGCGCCCUCCUCACCGAUGAGAGCUCUAUAGAGAUGGUGACCGAGAAGCAACCUCCGAUCGACGAGUCAGAGUAA